AUGCCUAUUAAAUUGGACCUGCGUGAUGAUGUUAGAAACUUCUUGCGGGAAGAUGGGUUGGUUAAACUGGAUUUGAAUAAAGCAAGGGGAAAUAUCCAGAAACUUAACAGAGCUUUAGUUGGAAGUCUAUUGGGAUGUCGAUUGCCUUUUUGGGUAGUGCAGGAUGAGCUCCAAAGAAAGUGGGAGCACCUUGGAUUGACACAAAUUACACCGAUGGGAUCGGAUUGUUUCUUAUGCUGGUUUGUUGAUUUAGAAGCAAGGAACAAUGUUUUGGUGGGGGGGCCUUGGUAUGUUGCAGGCCAAAUCAUAGGAAUAGAACAGUGGACUACAGGUUUUUCGGCUAAAUCCUCAAGAAGGUUUACAUCGCCAGUUUGGAUCAGGCUUCCAAACUUGCCACUAGAAUACUGGGAUGAGUCUAACUUAGCAAGGCUGGCUGCAGGAGUUGGUGAACCUCUGUUCAUGGACGAACAAACUAAGCUGUGGAAUAGGUGUGCUUUUGCGCACAUAUGUGUUAGGCUGGAUUUGUCAAAGAAGCUUCCUAAAGGAGUGUGGGCACAAGGGUUGGGGGGGACGUUCUUCCAACCUAUUGAAUAUGAGGGGAUUCCAAUUAUAUGUUUGAGAUGUGGCAAGGUUGGACACAAAGCAGAAUUAUGUAAGGAAAUUUGUGAACUGUCUAAACAUCACGAAUUGAAGGCUUCUAGUGAGCAGAAACAGAACAGUUCAGCAGGCUCAGCACUUGGCACGGUGGAUGGCACCAAAGCUGGUGGAGAAGUUAAAUUGGAUGCUGAUGCGAGCUCUUCUUGGGAGAAUUCUUCGGCCAUUGAUAAAGACCAGGGAGAAUGGACUAUUGUUACUAGAAGAAGAAGACCCAACAAUGCUCGGGUUGGGUACAGAACUCCUAAUGUUAAAGCUAAACCUGAUGCCCCGGUUACAACUCCUAAGACGGUUUGGAGGGAAGUAAAUAAAUCUCAGGUGGAUGUAAAAUUUGCUAGUAAGAAUAAGGCUGAGAAGAAUGAUUUGGGUAAGGAACCUAUUUUUAAAAAUUAG